UGGUCUAUCGGAAUUGGAUAGAGAAAGGGCCACACCGGCCAAUGGUAAAUGCUGAAGCUUUCCACUUUCCACUGUACUGUUGAGCAUAAUCUAUAUAAAUCAUCUGUACCUUCGUCAUAGAAUCAAAUCCAUCAGACACUACCAUUUUCUCUGAAUUCUCAAUCUUCCCUUUGGAUUCCCAUAUCCCACGCACACAUUAAACGUGGGUUAACUUUCUAAUGUUCUCUCCCAAUACAGCCACCCUUUUCUAUCCCUUUAAGCCCUCGCUCUCCUGCCGCGUCCCAUCGUCCGCCUUCCGCUGCCGUGCCGCCGCUGGAGAUGUCUUGCCUGGACCCUCAUUUCCUCGGUGGUUCCAAUCCCUGGCUUCAGCUGUUGGAGUCACCGGAGGUGUGAGAAUUGGCGAAGAUGUCGAUAAAGGAGGCGUCACGGACGGUGGAGUUGCUGCGAGACGCGCCGGCGGGAAUGAUGGCAUUAGAGUGAAGGCGAAGGAGAGGAAAUGGUCGCGUAAUACUGAUAGCUACUUGGCGGAUGAUAGUGACGCUCUUCCACUUCCUAUGACGUACCCAGAUUCCUCGCCGGUUUCUGCUGAAGAGAUUGAUAAGCGGCUUAGAUGCGAUCCCCAAGUGGAGGACUGUAAAGAAGUGGUCUAUGAAUGGACUGGCAAGUGCCGUAGUUGCCAAGGGUCCGGAUAUGUGAGCUACUAUAGCAAAAGGGGCAAAGCGACUACCUGCAAAUGCAUUCCUUGCAUGGGAAUUGGAUACGUGCAGAAGAUAACCGCUCGAAAGGACAUUGACGUAAUGGAGGAUUUGGAUAAUGGAAAGCCACCAUGACAAAAUAAUUUACAGUUUUCUUCUAGGUUUUUCCUUUCCUUACUUCGGGAAGUUAUACUGUAACUACUUGAUGAGUUGUAUUCUUUAGUUACUGAAAUAAUCACAACUUAUUCUUGUAAAUCAACCUUUUACAAUUGUAGACUGGAAAAAGAAAAACCUUCAAAGGAAAUAUAGGCUUUCGCAAAGAAUUUAUUC